CCUUCUCUCUGGUUUUUUUUUUACACGAAGGUAAGCGAAGCUGGAACCCAACUCCCGUGCUCUUCAAACGCAACUAGAGAAAACGGCAUCAUCUUCUCCCGCACGGAAGCCAGGCGCCUUCGGUCGUCCGUGCACCUCCCCGCUCGGAAAACGUCAGAUUUCCGGUGCGAUGCCGUCUUUCGAAUCAGGACGGUGGCAAUGGGAGAAUGCGGCCGCCGGCGCCAUUGCCGGAUUCGCCACCGUCGCUUCUCUCCACCCCCUGGACGUUGUCCGUACCAGAUUUCAAGUCCAAGAUGGGCGCAUCUCUACUCUUCCUUCCUAUAAGAACACAGGGCAUGCGAUAUUCAUGAUAGCACGUACUGAGGGUUUGAGAGGGCUUUAUUCUGGUUUCUAUCCUGCAGUUCUUGGUUCAACUAUUUCUUGGGGUUUGUAUUUCUUCUUCUAUAGUAGAGCCAAGCAUAGGUACUCUGAAGGGAGUGGGAAGCAGUUGAGUCCUGGCCUUCAUCUUCUUUCUGCUGCUGAAGCAGGUGCUUUGGUAUGUUUGUUUACAAAUCCAAUUUGGCUCAUCAAAACAAGACUGCAGCUUCAGACACCUCAUCAUCAAAAUCGACCUUAUUCUGGGUUUUCUGAUGCUUUGCGAACCAUUAUGAAAGAGGAAGGGUGGCGUGCACUUUAUAAAGGGGUUGGGCCUAGCCUUUUACUUGUAUCUCAUGGUGCUAUUCAGUUCACAGCUUAUGAGGAACUCCGUAAACUUUUUGUCCGCUUUAAACAUAAUCAAGGGAAGGGAAAUCGGGCACGUGAGGAUAAAUUAUUGAACUCUGUUGAUUAUGCCGUGCUGGGGGCUUCUUCUAAAAUUGCUGCCAUUCUGUUCACGUACCCUUAUCAGGUCAUACGAGCACGCCUUCAGCAAAGACCCAGCAUUGAAGGAAUCCCCAAAUACAUGGAUAGCUGGCAUGUCGUUAAGGAAACUGUUAGAUUUGAGGGCAUUCGGGGGUUUUACAGGGGUAUCACAUCCAACCUGCUAAAAAAUGUCCCUGCUGCUUCUAUAACAUUUGUGGUGUAUGAGAAUGUCCUCAGCCUAUUUAGACUGACAAGAAGCAGCAGCUGAUGUGUUUAUAGAGAUCCGCUAGCACUCAUUCGCUGUGUGACACAUCUGACUGUGCAUUUGGUGACCCCCACUGUUCAAAUGAUCUGAUGCAAAUAUCAGGUCAGCCCAGUCAUCAGGUUGCUUCACAUGUAUGUUGAAUGUUGACUCUCUGCAAUCUUUUUAUUUUUUUCCCAACCGUCCAUUGUUUUCAUCCAGGUGUACCGGCGUGAUGACUGGAUCAGCCUGAUUUCAGCAACCUGUCAAGUACAUGAUCUGUUAGUCCUACAUGCCCAGUUGACUUUUCUCAGCUCAUCACCAGACCAAAGACUGCCACUUAUAGAUGGGCUACAAAUUCCACAAAAGGAGAAAGCUUACUUAAUUUGUAGGUUUUCACUUUUCAGGCUACAAAUAUAUUCAGCUUAUGUUGUCAUG